AAGGAGCUUUUAUUCGUCGCCUCGGAGACAACACAUGGAGAAGUACGAGAAGGUGUUGUGUCUGGGCAGGGGAGGAGCCGCGGACGUGUUCCUGAUGAGGCACGUAGAGGGCAAGAGCCUGCACGCGGUGAAGAGGAUCAAAGUUGAGGACACGAGGAGAGCAAAAACACACAGGGCAAUUCUCCAGGAGGCUGAGAUCCUGAGUAGGCUGGAGCACCCUCACGUCGUCAAAUGCCACGAAGCCUUCGCGAACACUGACGGAUUCAUUUACAUUGUGAUGAACUACUGCGAUGGGGGGACAUUAGAUGACAAAGUGAAAGAGAGGAAACCAACGGAGUUUUUCACAGAGGAUACUGUGAUGGGAUGGUUUGUACAGGUCGCUGUGGCUUUAAAUUACAUACACGGGGCUAAAAUACUACACAGGGACAUCAAAACAUCAAAUGUACUGCUAACAAAGCAAGGUAUGGUGAAGUUAGGGGACUUUGGGAUAUCCAGAGUAAUGACCAACACAGCGGACAUGUCAUCCACAUGUGUUGGGACACCCAGCUACCUCAGUCCUGAGCUGUGCCAGGAUGUCCCGUACAGUUCCAAGUCUGAUAUCUGGGCUCUUGGCUGUCUGCUGUAUGAGAUCUGUGCUCUCAGACCUCCGUUUGCAGCCACAAACCUCCUGAGUCUGUUCUACAAGAUCAUCAAAGGAGAGUACGAUCACGUGCCCAGCAGCUAUUCUGACGACGUCUCCUCUUUGAUCCAGAGAAUGCUCUGCCUCAACCCAGAAAACAGGCCAACUGCCGCCUGGAUGCUGAACACUGCCUAUGUGCAGAAGCACCUAGAGUCUAUCAAACACACAGGGACCAACUGUGUUCAUGUGAAAAGCUGUGACAUGAAUAAAGAAGAAAAAAACUCCACACUACAGCCAGAUGUUCUCAGUCCGUCCCACGCGUGGGAAGAAAAAGAGCACACCAUGGAGGCCGGUUCCAGUGAUGUGGAGGACGAACAUGGUGCUUUGUGUGUUGGAGGACACAACCACCGUGACUAUCCUGAGGACUUUGAUGAAGAGGAGAGUUUGCCCUCUCUUGAGGAGCGCAGUGAGCACCUGGGGUCUCCGAUGAGGAGCGAUUCUGUUGAGCCUAUCGGUAAUGUGGAGAUGCAAAGUGAAACAACACUCAUAGCACCGUGUAAAAUACCCAAGUCCUCAUUCUGCAGCAGAAUGGUCUGGAGUCUAUUUUCCGAGGCUUCCGAUGUCUCAGGGCAAGCUGAAUAUCCAGAUGACUUUGAGGAAGCCGAUGUGGAAGAAGAAUAUGAGGAUGAAGCCGCCUCAGCUCACUCUGCUGCUCCUCAGCAGCCACAUGAUGAUUCAGCGGAGGAGGAGUUUCAGCUCUGCGAUGCUGGAGGAUUGACCGUCACACUGAAAGCCCUGAAGGAAAAGGGCUAA